GUGGUAAAACAAAAUUUACAGUGUCAUUCGGCACUAUACAGAAACAAACGCACACUCUCUCUCCCCGAAACAGAAAAAUACUCUCUCUCUCCUCUCUGAGAGAGAAACUGGGCGAGAUCGGAUACGACGUCGUUGAAGCUCAAAUACUCUCUCUGCUGCUAUGGGAUGCUGUGGAUCAUCGAUCGCUAAAGGCGAUGAAGCUGCCAAGAAAAUAAGAAAACCAAAACCUUGGAAGCAUUCUGAGGCAAUUACUAGGGCACAACUAAAACAGAUGCGAGAGGAAUUCUGGGAUACUGCUCCACAUUAUGGUGGUCGUAAAGAGAUAUGGGAUGCACUCCAAGCUGCAGCUGAGUCUGAAUUGACCCUUGCACAAGCCAUCGUGGAUAGUGCUGGUGUUAUUGUCCAAAGUGCUGACUUGACAAUAUGCUAUGAUGAAAGAGGUGCAAAAUAUGAAUUGCCUAAAUAUGUUUUGAGCGAACCAACUAACAUAAUCAGUGAUAGUUAAUCACUGAAGUGGGGGCAAUUGAGUUCAAUGCUUUACUGAAGUUGUAAAUCAUGUAAAUUGGUCUCCUUACCAUUUGUUUUGCUUUAAAAUUUAGUUACUACUUGUUCCUAAUUUCUGCUUCUCCAAAGGGUCGUGCCAUCGUUAAUGCACUUUACAUGCACCACUACUAUAUAUAUAUUGUGAAUUUAGUUUUUUGCUGUUUAUAAUAUCUGAAAUAUUUGGUAA